AUGGCAACAGGUAAUCUUGAGACGAAAUCUUGUUGUAAAUGUGACAAAAAGGGUCAAACUUUUACAUGUAAUGGAUGUCAACAAACGUUUUGUUCUGAUCAUUUAGAUGAGCAUCUAACAAAUUUUUUUCAACGAAGACAGUAUAUUGAACAAGAACAUAAUGAUCUCAAACAAGAUCUAAGUCAACAAACUAUUAGCAAAACUUUAUUAGUAAAAAUAGAUCAAUGGGAAAAAGAAUCUAUUGAAAAGAUUCAAGAUGCUGCUGGAAUAGUUAGAACUACUUUAAAUCAAUUUACUAAAGAAUUAAAUGAUUUGAUUAAUAAACUAUCGAAUGAAUUAUACUCAAGUCCACAAAAGUCUGAUUAUUCCGAAAAUGAUCUAGAUCAAUGGAUGAAACAACUCGAAGAACUUCGAAUGAACUUUGGAAAAUUAUCGAAAAUUGAAGUAUCCGAUGAUGAUUUUUCAUCAGUACCACUUAUAAAAAUCAAGAUUCCAGAUGAAAAAGAAAACAAUCAAACAGACUCGAAAUUUUCGGGUACAGAUCGUUCAGAUGACAAAUCAACAGAAGUCGUUAUGUCCAGUGCUUCAUCAACAGAUGAUAACUCAACAAUAAGAAGUUCACACAUACAUAGUCAACCGAAAGCAUAUCACAGUGAUUUAUUUGGUCUUAAUCAAUUACGUGACAAAAAAAUACAGUCGUUAUUAGAAGAUCUUAUGUAUUUGGAUCCUAUGGAAAAAAAUGGACCAAUGAGUGGUCAAUGUGGUCCACAAACUGAUCAAAUGGAACGAUUUCUUUCAACUGUAUUUGGUUUCAAAAAUAUUCCUGAUACAUAUAUUGUUCAAGGUGUAAAAUCAUUUAAGUUGGAUAAAUCUCUGCAUUCUUUAAAACCAAAUGAAGAAAUUCAUUUUCCUACGACUACUGAAAAUUCAUUUAUUAUGACUGUACAAGAAAUUAUCAAUUGGCAACGUUCAUAUAAAGUUUAUGCCGAUAAAACAAUCAAUGGAAUGGAUCAAAAAUUUCUUCAACGUGCUUUACAAGGACAAAGUCAAGAUGGUGAAGAAGCUUUUCGUAUGAAAUAUGUCGUACGCAUUUCAACAUGUCCUAUAUUGAUGGAAUUCGACGCGAAAAUCAUAUCUCGUCGUUUAGAUGAAGAGUGGCCUAGUCGAAUUAAACUUGUUUCAGCAACAGGUAUUGAUUUUGCUGGUCGAAAACAUGAUAUAGAUGAUAUUGUUCAAUAUGUAUCGAAUUGGAAAGAUGUUUUCUUUACUAAUAGACAAUCAGAUUUACCGUUACUCUUUAAUGAAAGAGAUUUUCAUCGAAAACCUAAUAGAUCACGAGGACACCUUCAUGAAGAACGUGUUCGAAACAGUUUGAUACGUAUGACUAGACUACGAUUGUGUGCAUGUGAUGCAGAAGAAGUUCAGAUUGUUAUUGAAACAGGUAUCGGACUUGGAGUAUUUGCUGGUAGUCCUAUUGGAAUUGAUGCAAAAAUACGAGCACUCUCAGCAGAAGCUAUUCGAAUCGUACUUGAACAAGAUGGAGCAUCAUACAAAAAUAUUCGUGCUAUUGUCUUUGCUCUACCUAUACUCAAUGAAAAUAAAUAUGUAGAUCGUCCUCUCGAUGCUUUUAAUGAUUUUGUCAAUGAAUUUCGAAAAUCAAAAUAUACUGGUCCUAUACCUGUAAUGAUUGUUGAUCAAGAUAUGCAUCGAUUAGCUGUAGCUAUUGCUCGUCGUGGUUUUAUUGUUUCUGAACUAAAUCCUGGUGAUUCACAUAGUAUUUUUGGUGAAUAUUGGCAAAAUCGAGGACCAUCGGUUGAAGAAAAAUUAGCUUUGACAACAAUCGGUCUACUCGUACAACAUCACCUCAUCAAUCCAUGGGUACUAGAUAUAAACAACUAUCACCUCUUAGAACUAAAUGAAGGAUCUAUCUUAGAUCGACGUGUUAUUAAAUCGAGCGACAAUGAAUAA